AUGUCACCAAUAUUCGAGUCGAACUUUUCCAUACGCAGCAUACUCUCGAACGAUGAAGACAACAAGCCAAUCGACAUAAGACCGAAUUACACCUACUCCGCGUUGGUGACGAUGGCCAUACGAAGCAGCCCGGAGCAGAAACUAACAUUGAGUAGCAUCCAACAGUGGAUCGUGGACAAUUUUCCGUACUAUCGAAAAGAUCAACGCGGCUGGCAGUGCCAGAUUCGUCAUACGCUCACUACAAAUUCCUGUUUCAUGAAGAUACCACGUCCACCAAGCGAUCCGGGACGCGGAAAUUACUGGACCGUGAACCCAGAAGUUGAGUCUAUCAAGAAGAGUGCGUCACCUGGACAAGCGCAAGUCGUCACAAACGCAUUUGAAUCGAAAUACAACGUUAAUCAAGCAAUGGCACAGGGAGUACCACAUCCACAAAUGCCAACGGCUAGAUAUUUUCCAACUCCACAAGAAAUUUAG